GCAUUUCAACAAUGAAGCCACUUUUUUAGCAUUUCAACAAUGAAGUCUUUUUUCUUCUUAAUUUUGCAUAUUUCAACAAUAAAAUAAAAGCGCUCUAUUUUCCAUGACAAACCGUUUUUCCCUUUGCGUGUGAAUUUUUUUUAUUUCCUUUUUUUUCUCUCUGUCUCUUGAUAGUAAUGAGCCAAGACAAAGAAGUCAUCACAUCAUCUCAAUUGAGUUUUCCUUAUGGCGGGCAACCAGAUAUAAUUCGCGCAAAUCAAAAGGAUAUUUACUAUACAGCCAUUAUUAAAGAACAGUUAUCCACUAUUAUACAACAAUUCCUUGGCACACGGUUUCAACAUUUAUGGCAAAAGGAGAUCAAUACUCUUUCUGAUGUAUGCUAUUAUAGCUUGACUACCUUGUUGGGAUCACAGACAUUAGGAGAGGAAUACUGUGAUAUUGUACAGAUUAAUAAUUCAACUUUAACAUACCCAAGAUGGAUGCAUCGAGCCUGUCUUGUCUUUGCACACUGUCUAUUGCCUUAUAUUUAUUCCAAAGGCAUAACAGAAUUAAAAAAGCGAUCAAGACACGAAGAAGAAGGAUCAAGGAAGGAAAGAGCAGUUCAGUUAUUAUCCAAACUGCAUGAAACUGCAUCCAAAUACAUACAGCCUAUUCAUUUAGCUAUAUUCUACUUUAUUGGUGCUUAUUACAAUUUCUCAAAACGGAUGACGGGCAUUCGAUAUAUCUUUACGAGACGAUUGGGAGCAUUUGAACAAAGAGCAGGUUAUGAAGUAUUAGGAGCAUUGAUAUUUAUCCAAUUGGGCAUUCAAGCCUUUUUAGCCAUACGUAAAAGAAUGGAAAAUAGCAAACAAGUAAAUCAAGAUGAUGAAAAGCAAGUAGUUGUGGCAGAGGAUGACUUUGAUUUCAUGGAUGACAUUGUAGAGGAAAAAAAUUUAACCUAUGAAGAACUUCAACUAUUAAAAUGUGCUUUAUGCUUGGAAAAAAGACAGUCGACGACGAGUACACCUUGUGGACACUUGUUUUGUUGGAGCUGUAUCAUUGAAUGGUGUGAAAAUAAGCCAGAAUGCCCACUUUGUAGAAGUCAUGUCAACAUUUCUCAUGUGUUUCCACUGCACAACCUUUAACUUUAUCCUUAUUUGCUGGAAAAUGUUAUCAUAUCGACGGAUAAUCAUUACACCGGUUUAUUCUGUUUCAUCUUUGACAUGGUUGUGAUAGCAAUGACAAUGGAUAAUGAUAAAGAAGAUACAUUUUGCUAUAUAGAGUUUUUACAGCAAUUACUUCUUUUUUUCUCUUGGAAUUUGAAAUCAU